ACCGAGGCUGAAAUAGCUUUAGACGUUGAACAACGCAGUGACAGUGAAAUGGACUUCGUUGUCGAAACAACUGAAGAUUUUGAUGACGCAAAAACUUCAGAGGUCAAACUGACAAUCGAGCAGGAGACCGAAGAUGCAGAUUUGGUUGUUAGUUUCCAGGAAGAAGAUAAAGAAUCUACACGUGAAGUGAGAGAAGAGGUCGUUGAAUUUAACGAAGAAGAAACUGUGCCAGAUCAAACUUUGCUCAUCAAGGAAUCAGUCACAGAAACCGCAUCUUCUGAAGUCAUCGAAACAUAUACUGAAGAAGAGCAAAUCCAGACUAAUGUUACCGAGUCUACUGAGGAAUCUAUUUCGAAGGAAGCUGUAGAAAUCGCACAAUUGGAGAGCGAACAAAUUGAUGUUCAGUUCGAAUUUGAGUCGACCAGUGAUGACGUUGUUUUGUCGGUAGAUGUUGCUGAGUACGAGAAAGAAGAGACUUCUAGCCAGAAAGUUCUGAUCAGUGCUGUGGAAGAGGAAAGCGAAUUUUCCGGAGAAACUGUUGAGACCACUAAAGUUGACGAAUCUGCUUCUGCUGAGAUCACAACUGACGUUCUAGAAUCUUCUGUUGAUGAGGUUGUUACAAGCCUUGUUACUGAAUCUGAAACCGAAGAUGUAAUCAAGGAGACAACUCAACUUGAGAUCAGCACAGAGGAAAAUGUCGACAUUUCUGUUGAAAUUGAAGACAAAGAAAGAAACAUUAGCGUUUCCGAAACCGUGGAAGCAUCUGAGAAGGAAACAAGUGUUUCUACAACGGAAUUCUUCAAAGAAGAAAAUUUUGUUGUGAAACAAGAUGAAACUGUGUCAGAAUCAGAGGGAGAAAAACUUAACAUCGAAAUAGCUGCUGAGGAAAAAGAAAGUGAUAUUGAUGUUGCUUUGUCGGAAUCUGAAGCUUCUUCAAGCGAUGUCAACGUCGCAUUGGACAUUCUGGAAAGCGACAAGAGUGAAAUUGACUUCGUUGUUGAUACCACAGAGGAAUCCGAGGUCAACCAGGCAUCUGAGGUCAAACUAAGUAUUACACAGGAGACAGAAGAUGUCGAUAUGUCGAUGGAAAUAAAGGAGGAGAAUGUUGAAAAUGUCGAAGAAUUGUCUGUGGAAGCCGUUGAGCAAGAAGAGUUCGCGGUCAAAGAAGAAGAGUCUACUAUCGAACUGGAGUCUAAGCAAAUUGAAAUCGCUAUCACUGCAGAAGAAAAGGCGGAAAGUGAUCUAGACAUUGCUCUGUCGGAGUCUGAUGCAUCUCAGACUAAAGAUGAAAUUCAGCUUGAUCUUGAGAGUGAAGUGGACUUUGUAGUCGACACUGAAGAAACGUCUGAGUCUAAUGAGACCACGGAGGUCAAAUUGAGUAUCACACAGGAGACAGAAGAUGCUAAUCUCUCAAUGGAAUUCAAGGAAGAAAAUGUUGAAAAUAUUGAGCAAUUAUCUGUAGAAGCUACCUCGCAAGAAACUACACACGAGCAGGAGACGCAGCAAGUUAACAUUGAAAUAACUCAAGACGAGAAAGAAGAGGAUGCCUUUGAUGUUACUCUAUCGGAAUCAGAUGCAACCCAAAUUGAGGCAGAAGUUGCUCUGGAUGUUGAACAGGGUAGUGGCAGUGAAUUAGACUUCGUUGUUGACACAACUGAAGAAUCAACAGAAUCAAAAACUUCAGAGGUGAAGAUGACAAUCGAGCAAGAGGCCGAAGAUGCAGAUGUUGUCAUUGGAUUCCAAGAAGAGAAUGUGGAAGCGACUCAAGAGUUAUCUAUUAAAGAGUCCAAGUCUGAGGAAGAGUUGAUCAUUAACGAAGAUGUUUCUACUUCCCAUGAGACGAAUCAGUUUGAUAUCGCUGUUGCGGCAGAUGAAAAAGAAGAAGACUUAGAAGUGGCUUUCUCAGAAUCUGACGCUUCUCAGAGCCAAGAGGACAUCCAGUUACAACUGGACGAAAGCGACAAGAGCGAAAUUGAUUUUUCAGUAGUCGCUACUGAAGAAACAGAGCACAGCGAGACUUCAGGCAUCAAAAUGAGCAUCAAUCAGGAAAGCGAAGAUGCAGAUGUCGUGAUUGGUGUCCGAGAAGUUAGCGAGAUUUCCGAACGAACCACAAUUGAAGCGACGCUAAACGAAAAUGCAGAUGUCAACGAAGAAGAACUGAAUUCCGAUUCUUUUUCAAAAAUAGAAGCUUCGGCUCAAGAGGAACAAACGACAAUCGCAUCAAACGAAUCUGAGGUAGCUUCUGAUAAAAUAAACGAGGUCGUUACUGAUGACCAAUUGGAAGCUAACGAAGAUGCAGUUGAAACUCUGGAAUCUGUAGACAUCAUUGCGACAACUGAAUCCGAAAUAUCGCAAACCUCGUUUGACACUGUUGUCGAAGCCGUCGAAAUUGAAACCUCGAUGAAAGAUGAAAUCAACGUUGAUUUCAGCACCGAGCAAGAAACAAAAGAUAUUUCGGGAUCAAUUACCCUGCAGAUUCAUGAAAACACAUCUGAAACUGAGCUCGAGGUUCUCAAAAACAAUCAGCUCGAAUCGGUAAAUCUUGAAACAUCUUCACAUGAAGUUGAAACUGAACACAUGAGCAUUGAGAUCGGUACCGAAGAAAAAGCAGAUAGUGAUUUGGAUAUCGCAUUAUCAGAGUCAGAUGCUUCUCAGACUCAAGAAGACAUUCAGCUGGACCUCGAAAGCGACAAGAGUGAAGUAGACUUUGUAGUUGACACCACAGAGGAUUCCGAGUUCGCUCAGACAUCUGAGGUCAAGCUGAGCAUCACACAAGAGACAGAAGAUAGCGAAAUUUCAAUGGAAAUCAAGGAAGAGAAUGUAGAAAACGUCGAAGAAUUGUCUGUAGAAGCUGUCGAACAAGAAGAAUUCACGGUAAAGGAAGAAGAAUCCGCUCUCGAAGAUGAGUCUAAAAUUGAAGUUGCUAUCACUGCAGAGGAAAAAGCGGAAAGUGAUAUAGAUAUAGCUCUUUCAGAAACAGACGUAUCUUAUACUCAAGAGCAAAUUCAGGUGGAUCUCGAAAGUGAUAAGAGUGAAAUUGAUUUUGUAGUUGACAUAAAUGAAGACUCUGAAGUCAAUCGGUCCUCAGAAGUAAAACUGAGCAUACGCCAGGAUUCCGAGGACAAGGAUAUUGCCAUUGGGUUUGAAGAAGAAAGACUUGAUGCUGUUGAACAAAUCUCAGUUGAAGCUGGAGAGCAAGAAGAGCUUGUGAUAAAAGAGGAUGAAUCAUCUGUUGAAAAUGAAUCAAAGCAAAUUGAAAUAGCAAUUUCUGCUGACGAAAAGGCAGGAAGUGACCUAGACAUUGAUCUGUCAGAGUCAAACGCGUCUCAAUUUGAUGAAGAAUUUCAGCUGGAUAUCGAAAGUGACAAAAGCGAAAUUGACUUUGUCGUUGACACUACUGAGGAUUCAGAGGUCAAUAAAACUUCAGAGGUCAAGCUAAGCAUAAGACAGGAGUCUGAGGACGCCGAUGUUGCCAUCGGGUUUGAAGAAGAAAACGUAGAAAAUUUCCAGAAAAUUAACAUCGAAGCUGGAGGAAAGGAGGAGUUUCUUAUCAAAGAUGAAGAAACUUCUACGGAACAGGGAUCGAAUCAAAUCGACGUAACAAUCACUGGCGAGGAAAAAGCGGAAAGUGAUCAAGACAUUGCUCUGUCAGAGUCAGACGCAUCUGAAACUCGUGAAGAAGUUCAGCUGGACAUUGAGAGUGACAAAAGUGAAGUUGAAUUUGUCGUUGACACCACUGAGGAUUCAGAUGUCAAUAAAACUUUAGAGGUCAAACUGAGCAUUCGACAGGAAUCUGAAGAAGCCGAUGUUGCCAUCGGGAUCGAAGAAGAAAAUGUUGAAAAUAUUCAGAAAAUCAGCAUCGAAGCUGGAGGAGAGGAGGAGUUUGCUAUCAAAGAUGAAGAGUCUUCGAUGGAGCAGGAACCUAAGCUAAUUGACGUAACAAUCACUGGCGAGGAAAAAGUUGAAAGUGAUUUGGUCAUUGCUCUGUCAGAGUCGGACGCUUCUCAGAGUCAAGAAGAUAUCCAGAUUGAAUUGGAGAGUGACAAAAGCGAAGUGGAAGUUGUUUUUGAUUCGACUGAAGAACUCGAUGAAAAGAAAACUUCGGAGUUCAAAGUCUCGAUUGAGCAAGAGAGCCAAGAUGCAGAGUUUGUCGUUGGGGUUGCAGAGCAAUCAGAGAGCUACGAACAGGUUUCCGUCGAAGCUUCCGAAGUCCAGCAACUGGAUGUCGAGAAGGAAGGAGCAUCUGUCGAAUUUGAGGCUCAAGAAAUUGACAUUGCCAUCACUGCCGACGAAAAAGCAGAAAGUGAUUUGGACAUCGCUCUGUCUGAAUCUGACGCAUCCCAGGCUGAGGAGGACAUCAAGCUAGAACUAGAAAGUGACAAAAGUGACGCGGACUUCGUCGUCGACACCACAGAAGAUUCAGAGGUCAACCAGUCCUCGGAGGUCAAACUGAGCAUUACACAGGAGACUGAAGACGCGGAUGUCGUCAUUGGAUUCGAAGAAGAAAAUCAAGAGGUCAAAGAACUGUCGGUUGCAGAAGUGGACGAAAAUGAGUCAGCUGUUGUUGACGAAGAGUCUGCCACUUAUGAAGAUGGCAGUCAGAUUGAAGUGCAGCUGACGUCUGAAGAGAAAGACUCCCUUCUUGCUGCUGAGGUUCAAAUGGUCGAAGUGGACGAGACAGAACAAGAGUCAUUCAGUUUAGAAGUUGAAGCCGAACAAUCAACUUCUGCCAUCAGUGUGAGCGAGCCCGUUUUGGACGAGUACGAAGAAAAUAUUCGCUACAUGAUAUCGCUCCAACGGACACUUGUCGAAGAUAUCGAACAGCGAAGGAUACUGCAAUCAACAUUCGCUGAAGACUACGCACAACCUUCCUGUUCUUAUGAGGUUACCGAAAAGCUCACAGAGCAGGCGUCUCGUGAAACCGAAAACGAAGUCGUAGAAGUCGCCCAGGAUUCUGAAGAGACAACUGUCGAGGUUGAAGUUGAAGUAACAAGCGAAGAAGCGCCCAAAAAUUUCAAAACUGCGGAAGACGAACUGGAGAAUCUGCGAUUCAUUUGCGAGCAGUCUGAGCUUCCCGAGAUUGUUGUUGAAAACGACUCAGAGAGUAAUGAAGACAUUUUGGCCAUGACUAAAAAGGACGAUUUCGAUCCCCUCGAGUGUCUGAAUUACAAUGUAGAUUUCAUUCGAACUAAUUCUACCACUAGUUCGCGCGGUGCAAGCACGAAUAAUGAGACAUCAUACCUCUCGGAUAUGUGGAAUUCGCUGCUAGACCGAGUCGAUGACGUUCAGAGCCGACUGCGACGUCACACGUGGCACGAAGAACCGGAAGAUGAUGAGCCAGUGGUUGAAGAGACUAAAACUGAGAAGAAGUCGCGGCCGAGGCCAAAAAGUGAGAUGGUCGAUGUCGACGAUUCUGUUUUCGAUGCCCUGGAGCGCGAGGACGAGGCAGAAGGAGGAUCGGACGAGACCCUCUUCGAUUUGAAUGAGUUCGGAAACUUCGAUGAAUUACCUGAUACAAUCACAAUGAGAAGCCGAACGGAGGAAGAUGACUCGAUUUUAGAUUUUCUUCUGAAGCAAGAAGAUAAAGAGACAAGAACAACUGAAGUUACACAAUUGGAACAAGCCGACCGUUGCUCGUCAGAAUCUGCCGGAGGAAGUUUGGACAAAAUCGACGAGUGCGCCAAAACGGUAACGGAUGUUGACCUCACAAAGAAUGUCUACGACUCUUUUGCUCAGAGUGAUAUAAGAGUAAACUACGCUUCGCAAUCUGCUCUUUCGGAAAUUUCUCUAGACUCUGAUAAGUCUAUCAAAGAAUCGUUCGUGACUGAACCAGCGGUUUUCACAGAUUUUGAGUCAAAGAGUGUGGCUGAUUCAAGCGAUGUGAUCGGUUUUGCGAUCUCUACUGAAAAUGAGGAGACAUCAGAAAGCUUCAAAGUUUCAGAAGUCAAAGCAGCCACAGAAGUAGAAGUGGAACUAACCGUAAAACAUGAUUCUGACUCGGCUGAAAUGUUUGCCCCUGAAAUUAAGGAAGAAUCAAUCUUGGCAGUGGAAAGCAGUGCCGAUGAUUCAGUCGAUAACUCGCAAGUUUCCAUCUCGAUUGAUCAACUUGAAACGGAAACUGACUUCGGAGGUUCGAUCGCAAUUUCGGAAACAGGACAGAACGAAGAUUUUGUUUUAUCUGUUGAUCAAAUUGAAUCGGAAGAGAUUGCCGAGAAAGACACUGUAAUUGCUGCAUCUUUAAACGUCGAAGAAGAAUCUUCAACUAACGAACACGCCGUCGACAUAGAAACUCAUGAGCAAAACAUAGACACCGCAGUUGAGUUCUCUGAAGAAAGUUUGAGUUCAGAUGAAAAUAUUCUGGUCGAACUCUCAGGUUCUUCUGAAGCGGUCAAAAACAGCAACGAAAUUUCCUUGGAAAUAACUGAAGAAGACUCACCUGUUUUUGUAAAUGUCAGUAAAAACUCUGAAGAAAGUACGGAAAAAUCACCUCAAGUGAUUGAAAUUGCAACAGGGGAGGAAGAAAUUUUGCAGAUUUCAAAACUGGAAUCAGAAACCAUCGCUCUUAGUGAACAAUCUCAAAUAACAGUUGAGACAGCAGAUGAAACAACCGAGACCCAACUAGACUUCAGUGAAAGUAAACAUAGCUCUGAUGAGAAUCUCACUGUGAACGUUGAUGAUAGUUCAAUCGGAGCCGAAGUCAGUGAAGACAUUUUUCUUGAAUCAAUGGAAGAGGAGUCACCAGUAUCGUUUCAGUUGUCCGCAGCUACAGAAGAAAGCACAGCUACUACAACUGAAAAAACCGAAGUAGAAGUUGCAACUGGAGAUGAGGAAACUGUUGAGAUGUCAGCUUUGCAAUCCAGUUCUGAAGAUACAGAAGAAACUUCCUCUGAAGCGAUCACUGUUUUCCUAAGUCCUAUAGCUGACGAGAUUGCUCAGCAGGAAAAAGAUUCUGUUAUCUUAAGUAAAGAUAUUGAGCAAACUGAAGUGCUGCAAUUUAGCACCAACGAAAAUGAAUGCCAUGCUGAGGAAGUGUUAGAAAAAACAGUCGAUCUAGAGUCAAAAAAUGCUGCGCAUACUCUAACCGAAGAAAUCGAUAAUGAAGUUUCAGUUCAAGAGUUCUCCAGCAAGGUGAAAGAGGAAAUUAGCGAGGUUGCGUCUGAGUCUCAUGAGAAAACUGUCGUUUUUGAGCAACAAAAGGUUGAUUAUUCGACAACGGUUCUAUCCACCGAAGAAGUGGCAACGGUAGAAACAACAGAUAUAGAAAGAAAUCAAAUGAUAGCUGUUUCAACAGCUGAAGCAGAAUCAACUUUUGUUGUAGAAAACUCCGAAAUCAGUGUUGAGGUUGAGGAUGAAACAACUGAGAUCCAACUAGACUUCAGUGAGCGUAAACGUAGCUCUGAUGAAAAUCUCACUGUAAGCGUUGAUGAAAAUUCUGUCGGAGUUGUUGCCAGUGACGCCAUUUACCUUGAAUCAAUGGAAGAGGAGUCACCAGUAUCGUUUCAGUUGUCUGAAACUAGAGAAGAAAGUACUGAAACUACAACUGAAAAAACCGAAGUUGAAGUUGCCACUGCAGAUGAUGAAGUUGUUGAGAUUUCUGCUUUGCAAUCCAGUUCUGAAGAUGCCGAGGAAAGUCUUUAUGAAGCUAUCGCUGUGUUGCAAAGUCCUUCGAAUGAUGAAGCUGUGCAAAAAGAAGAUGAAUCUGUUGUUUUGGGCGAAUAUGUUCAGCAAACUGAAACGCUUCAGUUUACCACCAGUGAAAGUGAAAGUCAUACUGAGGAAGCAGUACAGGAUACUGUCGAUUUGGAUGCAAUAGCUGCGAGGCAAAUUCUAACUGAAGAAAUUGCUAGCGAAGUUUCAGUCCAAGAGUUCUUGAACAAGGUGGACGAGGAAAUCAGUGACAUUGCCUCCGAAUCCCACGAGAAAGUUGUCAGAUUUGAGCAACAAAAUGUUGAGUCUUCGACAACAGCUCAAUCCACCGAAGAAGCAGCAACCGAAGAAGCAACUGAUAUAAAAAGAAGUGACUUGAUAACUGUGUCAACAGCUGAAUCAGAAUCAGCUGAUAUUGCAGAAAACUCUGAAAUCACUGUUGACGUUGAAGAUGAAACGAACGAGACGCAACUUGACUUCAGUGAAAGCAAACAUAGCUCUGAUGAAAAUCUCGUCGUGAACCUUGAAGAUAGUUCUACUGGAAUUGAAAUCAGUGAAGACGUUUGCCUUGAAUCAAUGAAAGAGAAGUCACCAGUAUCAUUCCAGUUGUCUGAAACUAGAGAAGAAAGUACUGAAACUACAACUGAAAAAACCGAAGUUGAAGUUGCCACUGGAGAUGAUGAAGUUGUUGAGAUUUUUGCUUUGCAAUCCAGUUCUGAAGAUACCGAGGAAAGUCUUUAUGAAGCUAUCGCUGUGUUGCAAAGUCCUUCGAAUGAUGAAGCUGUGCAAAAAGAAGAUGAAUCUGUUGUUUUGGGCGAAUAUGUUCAGCAAACUGAAACGCUUCAGUUUACCACCAGUGAAAAUGAAAGUCAUACUGAGGAAGCAGUACAGAAUACUGUCGAUCUGGAUGCAAUAGAUGCGCGGCAAGUUCUAACCGAUGAAAUCGUUAGCGAAGUUUCUGUCCAAGAGUUCUUGAGCAAGGCGGAAGAGGAAAUCAGUGAGGUUGCCUCCGAAUCCCACGAGAAAGUUGUCAGAUUUGAGCAACAAAAUGUUGAGUCUUCGACAACGGCUCAAUCCACCGAAGAAGCUGCAACUGAAGAAGCAACUGAUAUAAGAAGAAGUGAAUUGAUAACUGUUUCAACAGCUGAAUCAGAAUCAGCUGAUAUUGCAGAAAACUCUGAAAUCACUGUUGACGUUGAAGAUGAAACGAACGAGACGCAACUUGACUUCAGUGAAAGCAAACAUAGCUCUGAUGAAAAUCUCAUUGUGAACAUCGAUGAUAGUUCUACUGGAAAUGAAAUCAGUGAAGACGUUUACAUUGAAUCAGUGGAAGAUGAAUCACCAAUGUCUGUGCAAUUGUCUGAAGCGGUAGAAGAAAGCGUCGAUACUACAUUUGAAAAAACCGAAGUAGAAGUUGCAACUGGAGAUGAGGAAACUGUUGAGAUUGCAGCUUUGCAAUCCAGUUCUGAUGAUACCGAAGAAAGUUCCUCCGAAGCUAUCACUGUUUUCCGAAGUCCUGUAAUUGACGAAGUUGCUCAAAAGGAAAAUGAUUCUGUUAUCUUGAGUAACGAUGUUGAGCAAACUGAAACGCUUCAGUUUAGCGUCAGUGAAAGCGAAAGUCAUACUGAGGAGGCAGUACAAAAAACCUUCGAUCUAGAGUCAUUGAAUGCUGUGCCCAUGCUAACCGAAGAACUCAAAAACGAAGUGUCAUCCCAUGACGUCUCGAGCAAAGUGGAAGAGGAAGUCAGUGAGACUGUCUCUGAGUCGCAUGAGAAAGUUAUGACAUUCGAGCAGCAAAAUGUUGAUUCUUUGACAACUGUUCAAUCCACCGAAGAAGCAGCAACUGCAGAAUCAGCAACUAUAAAAAGAACUGAAAUGAUAACUGUAUCAACAGCUGAAUCGGAAUCGAUUGAUAUUAAAGAAGGAUCCGACAUUACUGUUGAGGUUGAAGAUGAAACUAACGUAGUUCAAUUGGGCUUCAGUGAGUCUCAAUUGAGUUCGAAUGAAGAUGUUUUGGUUAGCGUUGAUAAUGAAUCAAUUGAAAAAGAACCUUUACAAGAAAUCUAUUUAGAAACAUUGCAAGAGGAGGCACCAAAGUCUCUGUUUCUUUCGGAAUCGAUUGAGGAAAGCGCUCAUAGUACAUCUGAGAAAACAGAGAUCGAGGUUGAAACCAGCUCGAAGGACAACCUUGAGGUGACGCAUUUGGACGUUAAUGACACUACAGUGGAUAGCUCUGAAAGUGUAAUAUUUGAAACGCAAACAGAAGAAGAGACGUCAAUGGAUCAGGUUGUAAUGGAGGAGUCGGCACCAAAGGAGACUUCAACUAUCAUGAUCGAUGUUGACGAGGAAGAGUCAAAAGAAAGGGAGAUUUGCAGUAUUUCAGUUGAAGAGCUACAAUUCGAAGAUUUAGAAUUGGUACACGAACAAUCCGAAGUAUUCGAGGAAACUCCUGGAUCGCUUACCCAAAAAACUGAAGCGCCAGUAGAACAGCCGGAGUCGAAAGAAGUAGAAUCAACUUUGAGUUGUGCUUCAUCAGUGCAGGCGCUCAAGCUCUCAGAGAAUGAAGUGUUCGACAAUUCUGUGGUAAUUGUAUCGCAGUUAAACAACUGUUGCAGGCUGGCCAAAGACCUCACAGAAGACGAUAUCUUGUUUGAGCUUCUAAAGUUUGCCAACGAUAAUGAAAAAACAGACGCGGGCAAGAGGCUCUGUAAGUUAGUUUUGUCGUUGACCCACGACAUCAACACGUUAAGUGACGUAAUGGGAAGCGAUAACUUCUGCUUUGACACGGAAGAACAGGAUUUCCUGGUGUCCUAUUUAAACUCUAUUGCUACUGAGCUUUCCGAAAUCUUGGAAUCAGAAGACAUCAAGACUCUCUUUAGGCAGUUUGGUAUCAACGAGCCUAAAAAAUUGACGAAACUGGAGUUCGACAUUCACAGUUUAGUUUCCGCCGUGUUCGCAGUAUUGUCUUCCGUUGAAGAUACGUUUGGACCGUCGGUGAAUAGUCACAACUCUUUAGAACAACUGUUCGAGCUCCAGGAACAAAUGAUUGACCUUUCACUCUCUCUCAGUUUGAUUGACAAAACGGACGCUGAUGACAAUUCUGUUGUCGAAAUGCAGGUCGAACUGGAAGAAGUGAUUAACAAAAUUGUCAAGUUUGUUCAUGAAGACUCCGAAAAUGUACUUGGUUUGAGCUUCGACUUGAAAGCAGCAGUUAGCGAAUUGUAUGUGGAACCGUUGAAGGUAUUAACGAACAGACUCAGAAUCCGCGGCCGAUCAAGAAAAUCGAAGAAACAAGUGCAUUUCAACUCUUUCGACGAAGUCUUCCCCGAAACUGAAAGCGAAGAAGACAGCUUUUUGCGGUACGAUUCUGAGGACGACGAAGAUGACAGUGGAAGCAUCGUCGGCUCAGACACCGAGCAGGAGUACUGUGUCUCGGGCGUGGAUUACGACAUACUUCAUGAAGAAACAAUUGACGCUCAGGCUAACAUCGCAUUCGCCAUUCAAGAAGAGGAAGAGCCCCAAAGUUCACCUGAGGUCAUUCAGUUGGACGAGAAGGCUGAUGUUGCCGAGCUGGUCACCGAAGAGAAAGUACCAGACGAAGAUCUGGAGAGUGCCGAGGAAAAUGUUAAAGAGAUCAACACCAAUGAUUUGAAAGACUUGCCUGCCAACGAAAAUGCAAAGGAACCCGAAAUUAAAGAAAUUCCUGAUGAGCUUUCAGAAUUGCUUGACACAAAAUUAGACGAGGUGAAAUCGGAUGAGGUCAUAGAUGUCGUUGUAGCAUCCGAUUCAGAAACAAUUGAUGACACCGAAAUUGUUGUCGGUAGCGUAUCUGAAGUGAAAGACGAAGCUACUCUUCUGGAAGUCGACUCAGUCGAUGCAUCAAGCGUCGCCUUUGUCAGAUCAGAGCCGGAAGAAAUUGUCAUUGCUUCAGUAUCUGAAGUCGAACAACAAGAAAACGACACAACUCAGGAAGACUUGCGUGUUGAACUUGACGAAGAAACUAAAGAUGAGACUGUUGUUUUGGACGCAAAUGUCACAAUGCAACUGGACGAAACGAAUAAUGAAACAACGGUUGUUGAAAUCGAAGAAGGAUCUGUAGACGUGAAUGAAGUUCAGCAGGAGAUUGCAGUAUCGUUGGUGGACGAUGAAGAGACACUAGGUGACGAAACAUAUGACGUCAGCGUCAUGGAAACUUCACAACUGGAAGAGACUGAUGCGAAAGUCGAAACCACUGAGGUGUCAGUUGAAGAAAUGACAUCCGAGGAAAUUUCACCAGUAUUCGAUGUCGAUGUUAAAGUGGACUUGGAAAGUCAAGAUGUCUCGAAUGAAUUUGCGAAACCAGCAGUUGCCGAAGUUGUGAGCGCAGUUGAAGAUGCAACCUCGGUCGAAAUAUCAGAGGCUACUGAGUCUAUUUUGACUGAGGAGUUGGAAUAUGUUGCGGUAGCAGUCGAGGAAUCGGAGAAUUCCGACGCUCCUGAAAGUUCAUUUGUACAAACCAAAGUGCACUUUGAGGAAUCAUUGAAGGUCGAAGAGUCGGUAUCUGAAAUCGACGUUGAAUCUCCAGUGUUACCGAUUGAUGUAACCAGUGAUGAAACUUUGGAGGAACCGACUGUUCUCUUCGGCGAAGAGACCGAUGUACAGGAAAAACCAGCCACUGAUCAUGAAAUUAACUUCGAAGAAGUAUCUGAAUCAGAAAACGUGGAAAUAAAUGUAACGACCGACGAGGAAGAAAAAGUACCCGAGGAAACUCAAGAAAUUGAGGUUUCAUCAAUUGACUCUACAGAGUCGAAAGCUGUCGUCGACGAUAAUGGACACGUUGCUGCUGACAUCAUACUUGCUUCGGUGUCGGAAGAAAGCGAGGAAAUAGUUUCUGAUACGAUAGUCUCGGUCCAAGAUGAAAGUGUCCAGGAGAAGACGAUUGAUAUUGAAACUCAAGAAGAGUCAUUUGAAGAACUUACAGACAUCCAAAUUGAUGAAGUUCCAAUCGAAGAAGCAAUUGCUGAACACGAAGAUGAAAACAAUGAAGAUGAAGUAGACGAUGAAACUGAGAGAUCCGAAGUCAAAGAUACUCAGAAAGAGCGAAAGGAUGUUGAAGCUCUUGUCGAAAAAGAUGAAAUCACGAUUUCGCAGGACUGCACGACUGAAGAAGCAACAAUUGUCGCCUCAACGUCAAGUGCAGUGUUUGAAGCAGGUGAAAAGUCUUAUGUAGAGAUUGAGUUCUCAGUUCCAUUUGAACUCACCCAGGAGCAGCUGACUUCCAAAGAUGCGUCCGUGUUUCUGGAAGCCGGAGAAGACGACAGUAAAACGGCUCUGGAUUUGACCUCAGUUGAAGUCGAUUAUGAGCCCCAAGAGAAUUACACAAAAGUCAUAGUUGCCUUGACCUCACCGGAUGGCCAUGAAGUCAAACCUGGAGUGGUUGUUUUGAACGUGGAAUCUGCGCAACACGAACAUCAACAUAGAGUCAACAUCGUUCCUGGAAUUGAUUCAGAUUGGGAACCUAUCAAAGAAAGCAAAGAUGACCAGAUUGUAUCAGUUGCAGAAGGACAUCCGGUCACAAUCCAGUUCUCAGUCCCGUUUUUGGUCCAGCACGACAUCCAAUCCGAUUCUCCUUCCAACUACUCAGUCGUGACGACACGUGAAGACAAAACCGGGAAAGCAGUCGUGAAUCUGAAAUGGGGCGUGAAAUCGGACACCGAGAAAAAUUGCACGGUUUUUACUGCCACGCUUGACGAAUUGUCAACUGAAGAGUGUGGAAACUAUUUUGUCUCUGUGACUGCUGAAAAACAACAGCAUACACAUGUUUUGGCGAUCGAUGUUGUCGAACCACAAUACACCAGGUCUGACGUGACUAUCAAAAUCAAAGAAAAGGAAGAAAAAACUCUUUCUGUCGAAACAUACGCUCCGGUUCCGUUCCUGUCAGAAAUCAAGAGCAGCGAAGACAUUACGGUCAGUUUUGUUGAAUCGGAACAAUCUGUCAAUGAAGAAAACUCAUCGUCAUUGGCAGCGCUUGUCAACUGGAAAGUAACAGGCGAAUCAGAAGAUGAUUCUUCGAAGCCUCAAGUGUUUUGUCAGUUUGAACUGGAUUCCGAGAAAGUGUUUGAAAUGAAAGAAUUGCCAGUUUUGGAAGUCAACGUUUCAACCAAAGAUGGGACCAGAAAGCACUCACACGCUACCGUUCUUGAAAUGGACACUCCUGAGCCCAUAUUCACCGAAGAAUCUGUAACUGUGCUGAAUCAUUCUUCAUGCUCGCUCAAAUUUGAUGUACCCGAGAACGUGAUUCAAGUGGUUGAGAAAUGCAAACUGGAUUGUGCUUAUGAAGAUCAGCCUAUCGAAUCCUUUAAGAUUCAGAAGCCUAAUGAAUCCAAAGAAGGUGAAGACGAACCGGUUAUCGUGCAUAAAGAAUUCGAAGAAGUUGACAUUGGAGACAGCGGUGUUUACACAAUCACCAUGCAAUAUAAGAGACAGAAAUAUAUUCACAAAAUAGUUUUGGAAGUCGUUGAGCCUCAGUACACAACAUCUGAAACAUUGGUCAAGGUCGAUGGGAGUGAGAUUGAUGACAGCAAAUCACUCACAAUUGAAACUAGAGCUUCAGUUCCAUUCCUGUUUGAUUUGGAAAACAAGGACGAUAUAAUUGUUUCUUUUACACCUGAGAAGUCGGUUGACGAUAUGGAGUUACCUCUGGCGCAACUUAUCGACUGGAAUAUCUCAGAUUCAGUGGAUGGUUCAUCAAAAGCAUUUAUUUUUUGUCGAUUCGAGUUGGAUUCAGAAAAAGUGUUACAAAUGGAGAACCUACCAGUUUUAGAAGUCAAUAUAAUGAGCAAAGAUGGAAUAAGGAAGCAUUCUCAUGCGACUGCUCUUGAAUUGGAAUUGCCUGAGCCUAUUGUUAUUGAAGAAUCAGUGACAGUGCUGAAGCAUUCUUCAUACUCUCUCAAGGUUGAUGUGCCCGAAAAAAUAACAAGUGUUAUCGACUGCUGUGCAGUCGACUGUGCUUUUGAAGAUUCUCCUAUCGACUCAUUCGAGAUCCGAAAACUACCAGAAGACGUUGAAGUUUCAAGCAAACCUGUUUCCGUUUAUAAAGAGUUCGAAGAGAUUGACAUCGAGAACAGUGGGGUAUACACAGUAACCAUGCAAUAUAAAGGACAGAAGUAUGUUCACAAGAUUGCCUUGGAAGUCGUGGAACCGGAAUAUACGACAUCUGAAGUUGUCGUCAAAGUUGAACAGAUCGACUCUGAAGAACAGCAAAAUGUCACGGUUGAAACUUUGGCUCCUGUUCCAUUCUUGUCUGAAUUAAGUAGCAGGGAAGACCUACUUGUAACUUUCACACCUGAAGAGCAAGAUGAUCCUGAUUCGUUACCUUUGGCAAAACUUGUGAACUGGACGGUUCAAGAACAAAGCGAUAAGGGUUCAAAUCCGGUGAUUUGUUGCAACUUUGAGCUGGAUUCGGAAAGAGUGAUGGAAAUGGAUCAGCUGCCAGUUUUGGAGCUUAAUGUAUCUACCAAAGAUGGGCUGAAAAAGCACUCGCACUCGACUGUUCUUCAGAUGGAUGAGCCGGAGCCCAUUGUGACCGAGGAAUCUGUGACAAUUGUGAAGCACUCUUCGUACUUGCUCAAAUUCGAUGUACCCGAGAAAGUUAAAAACAUCGAAAAAGUUAAACUGGACUUCGUGCACGAUGACAAGCCUAUCGACUCGUUCGAAGUUGACUCUCCGUCUGAGGAUAAAACUGAGUCCAAGCCUGUAUUAGUCCAUAAAGAGUUGGAAUUUGUCGAAAAUGAAGACAGCGGUGUGUACACAAUUUCGAUGACAUACAACAGGCAAAAAUACAUCCACAUGAUUGCCUUGGAAGUUGUUGAACCUGAAUACACCAAGUCUGAAACUGUUGUCAGCAUUGAUGAGAGCGAAACAACAGAACCAAAGACUCUAACGAUUGAAACGUCAGCACUGGUACCCUUCCUGGCAAAUCAAGAAGAACAAAACAUCGUUGUUUCUUUUACGCCAGUUGAGUCUGCGAACAAAGAGGCAUCACCAGUAGCCCGACUUGUCGACUGGUGUGUAACAGAACCAGCAACUGAGUCAUCGGAUGCUGUUAUCUGCUGCAAAAUUGAGCUGGAGUCCGAGCCGCUUUUUGAAUUGGGUCAGUUACCGGUGUUAGAAGUGAAAGUUUCCACCAAAGAUGGUUUGCAGAAACAUUUGCACUCAACUGUUCUUAAACUUGAUGAGCCGGAGCCCAUUGUGACUGAGGAGGCUGUGACAGUUGUGAAGCACACUUCGUACUCACUCAAAUUUGAUGCACCCAAGAAAGUUAAAAACAUCGAAAAAAUUAAACUAGACUUCGUCCACGAUGACAAGACUAUCGACUCGUUCGAAGUUGACUCUCCGUCUGAGGAUAAGCCUGUAUUAGUCCACAAAGAGUUGGAGUUUGUGGAAAACGAAGACAGCGGCGUGUACACAAUUUCAAUGACAUACAACAGGCAAAAAUACAUCCACAAGAUUGCCUUGGAAGUCGUUGAACCUGAAUACACCAAGUCUGAAACUGUUGUCAGCAUUGAUGAGAGCGAAACAACAGAAACACAGACUGUAACGAUUGAAACGUCAGCACUGGUACCCUUCCUGGCAAAUCAAGAAGAACAAAACAUCGUUGUUUCUUUUACGCCAGUUGAGUCUGCGAACAAAGAGGCAUCACCAGUAGCCCGACUUGUCGACUGGUGUGUAACAGAACCAGCAACUGAGUCAUCGGAUGCUGCUAUCUGCUGCAAAAUUGAGCUAGAUUCCGAACAGAUUUUUGAAUUGGAUCAGUUGCCGGUGUUAGAAGUGAACGUUUCUACCAAAGAUGGUUUGCAGAAACAUUUGCACUCAACUGUUCUUAAACUUGACGAGCCGAAGCCAAUAGUAUCUGAAGAGUUUCUUACCGUUGUGAAAAACUCCAUGUGCACACUGUCGUUUGAUGUACCCGAAACAUUGAAAGAAGUGGUUGAGAACUGCCUAGUGGAUUUUUCGUUCGAGAAUGAACAUAUCGACACGUUUGAGAUACAAAAACCUUCUGCAGAUAAUCACAAAGAUGAAGACAUGCCUGUUAUUAUACAGAAAGAAUUCGAGGAAGUUGAUUUCGAUAACAAUGGACUUUACACAAUUACUCUACAAUACAAGAAGCAGAAAUAUGUUCACAAGAUCUCUGUAGAAGUCGUUGAACCCGAGUACACAAAAACCGAAACGGUCAUCAUAAUUAAAUGCAGUGAAAUAGAAGAGGGCAAACCAUUUACAGUUGAAACGAUGGCCUCCGUUCCAUUUUUGUCUGAAUUGAAUCAUAAAGAAGACCUAACUGUUUCUUUUAACCCUGAAGAUUCGGUUUCUGGCACUGACUUGCCACUGGCGAGACUCAUCGACUGGAAUGUGACAGAUUCAGACGGUUACUUUUUGAAUCCAAUGCUUUGUUGUCAAUUCGAAAUGGAUUCGGAAAAGGUGUUGAAGUUGGACCAACUACCAAUUUUGGAAGUCAAUGUGACCACUAAGGAUGGUACACGGAAGCAUUUACAUGCGACUGCUCUUGAAUUGGAAUCUCCUGAACCCAUUGUGACCGAGGAGUUGGUGACUGUAGUGAAGCAUUCUUCUUGCUCUCUCAAGUUUGAUGUGCCCGCAAAAAUGACGAAUUUCGGCGAUAAUUGCCAACUUGAUUGUACCUUUAAAGAUAGUCCCAUCGACUCAUUUGAGAUCCAGAAGUCAUCAGAAGACAACUUACAAAACUCGGAGUCGAAAAAAAUUGUCGUACAUAAAGAGUUUGAAGAAAUUGACGUUGAUGAUAGUGGCAUGUACACGAUUUCUUUGCAAUAUAAGCAGCAGAAAUAUAUUCACAAGAUAUCUUUGGAAGUUGUUGAACCUCAAUACACAAAGUCUGAAACUUCCGUCAAGAUCGAUGGCAAUGAAAUAGAGGACAAUCAACCACUCACUAUUGAAACAAUGGCUUCAGUUCCUUUCCUGUUUGAUUUGAAAAACAAAGAUGACAUUGUUGUCUCAUUUACACCUGAGGAUAAUCUUAUCAGUGGUUCAAAACCAUUGGCCCGACUUGUUGACUGGAACCUAACCGAUGCAGAUAGCGAAUCGUCGAUUUCAAUGAUCUGCUGCCGAUUUGAAUUGAAUUCUGAUCGCUUAUUUGAGUUGGAUCAGUUACCAAUACUGGAUGUCAACGUAUCCAUCAAAGAUGGUAUCCAGAAGCACUUGCAUUCGACAAUUCUCGAAAUUGAUGAAUAUAAUCCAAUCGUUACCGAAGAACACGUGACAGUUGUGAAACAUUCUUCUUGUGCACUUAAGUAUGAUGUUCCCGAUAAAGUAAAAUCGGUUAUCGAGAAAUGCGAGCUGGACUACAAGUUCGAAGACAUUAGUAUCGAAGACUUCGAAAUCAAAAAGCUGUCUGGAGAUAAAGUUGAUUCCGAGCCUCUCUUGCUAUACAAAGAGCUUGAAUGUGCCGAGAGCGAAGAUGCUGGUGUUUACACGGUUACUCUUCAGUAUAAGAGACAAAAAUACAUCCACAAGAUUGCAGUAGAUGUUGUUGAGCCCGAGUACACAACGUCAGUUUCUACCGUCAAAAUUGAACGCAGCACAGUAGACGACCAGAGGCCGUUGUCAGUUGAAACAUUGAUUUCAAUUCCAUUCAUGUCUGAACUGGACAAUACAGAAGACAUUGUUGUUUCCUUUACACCUGAGGAGUCUCGCUUGGUUCAACUUGUGGGCUGGAAGUUAACAGAUUCAGGAAUGGAGGAUGAAGCACCAUUGAUUUGUUGCCAGUUUGAGCUGGAUUCUGGAAGAUUGCUCGAAUUGGACCAAAUACCAGUUUUGGAGGUCAACGUAACGACCAAGGACGGAUUAAGAAAGCAUUCGCAUGCCACUACCCUUGAAAUAGAACAUCCGGAGCCUAUCGUGACCGAAGAAACAGUAACAGUCUUAAAACAUACAUCAUAUUCACUCAAGUUUGAUGUGCCUGAAGAAGUGAAACAAGUGAUUGAAAAGUGUAAGCUAGAUUGUACCUUCGAGGAUCAGCCUAUUGAGUCGUUUGAAAUUGAGAAAUCAUCAGCGAAUACUGCCGACUCUAAGGAUGUCUUGGUUCACAAAGACUUUAACAUUGUCGAGACUGAAAACAGUGGAGUGUACACACUUGCAGUGGAAUACAAAAAACAGCAAUAUAUUCAUAAGAUUGUCUUGGAUGUUGUUGAGCCCGAGUACACAGAGUCAGUUUCUACCGUCAAAAUUGAACGCAGCACAGUAGACGACCAGAGGCCGUUGUCAGUUGAAACAAUGAUUUCAAUUCCAUUCAUGUCUGAACUGAACAAUACAGAAGACAUUGUUGUUUCGUUUACACCUGAGGAGUCCCGCUUGGCUCAACUUGUGGACUGGAAGUUAACAGAUUCAGGAAUGGAGGGUGAAGCAACAUUGAUUUAUUGCCAGUUUGAGCUGGAUUCUGGAAAAGUGCUCGAAUUGGACCAACUACCAGUUUUGGAAGUCAACAUAACGACCAAGGACGGAUUAAGAAAGCACUCGCAUGCUACGUCUCUUGAAAUAGAAUAUCCGGAGCCUAUCGUGACCGAAGAAACAGUAACUGUUUUAAAACAUACAUCAUAUUCACUCAAGUUUGAUGUGCCUGAAGAAGUGAAACGAGUGAUUGAAAAGUGUAAGCUAGAUUGUACCUUCGAGGACCAGCCUAUUGAGUCGUUUGAAAUUGAGAAAUCAUCAGCGAAUACUGCCGACUCUAAGGAUGUCUUGGUUCACAAAGACUUUGACAUUGUCGAGACUGAAAACAGUGGAGUGUACACACUUGCAGUGGAAUACAAGAAACAGCAAUAUAUUCAUAAGAUUGUCCUGGAUGUUGUUGAGCCAGAAUACAGCAGUUCCUUCAAUACUGUUACUCUUGAUGUCGUGACGACUGCCGUCAAAACAGAAUUCGAAGUUCCUUUUAUCGUCGACAAAAAAUCAUCAGAUGUUUCUGUAAACGUCAAGCCAAUUUCUGAAGUCUCUAAGGACUCCGAGAAACUGCUGGAGCUGAUUGACUGGACUGUUUCUAACGUGGACUCUGAAUCUAACCGAUGUCUGGUCACCUGUACAUUCAAGGCUGACUCGGAUAAGUUGUUCUUAAUUGAUGAUUUGCCGGUUCUUGAAGUGACAGUCAGCAGCAAAGAUGGAAUCGCGACACACGAAAACGAAACUCACCUGGAAAUUAAAGAAGCGGAACCUGUUGUGACGAGCGAAGAAUUAACAGUUUUGAAAAAUUCUCAAUGUCCGAUUUCUUUCUCACUGUCAAAUGUGGAAAUUGAAGACGAAAGCCAAAUCAAAGUCAGUGUCAGUCACGAUGACAAACCAGUCGACAAAUUUGAAUUCGAAGUCAAGAAAGACGAAAAUGUUGCGGUGUUACAAAAGGUCAUUGAUGAGAUUGAACACGCAGAUGAAGGAUUAUACACAAUCGCAGUGGAAUACAAACACCAGAAAUUUGUUCACAAGAUUUCAGUCGCCGUUGUUGAUCCUGAGUUAACGGAAUCAGAGAAAACUGUGUUAUUGAGCGAAGAAAACACUUGUUUUGAAGUGACGUUCCCCGUUCCCUUCAUCGUUGACAAAGAAACAUUCGAUACAAAUGUUGAAGUCAAAGGCUGCGAUGAAUCACAACUGAGUCUUCAGGAAUGGAACUGCACAGAAGUGAAUGAAGAUUCGGAGAUCUCGUUGGUGAAAUGCGUAUUCAACGUGGACUCGCAUAGCGUCCUUGAAUUGGAUAACUUGCCGGUGGUUGAAGUUACUCUCUCGGACAAGGAGGGUUUCCGAAAACACUCGCUUGUCUGCAACCUUCUUGCCAGAUGA